ACCCAUCAUUCGCGCGGACUACAAUGGUUUUCUUCCUGAGGAGUUCGAAUAAACGAUUCAAUGAGGGUACAUUUGAUGUCUGUUUCUAUGGAGAGUGUUUAACUAGCGAGUUAUUAUGUUGAAAACGCCGGCUCUGUCAUGCUACUGUGGCGGCUUGCAUCUGUUCAGUCAAUUGCAAGUCGCCUCUAGCCUACAGUCGACGCCCACAUCCCCCGCCCGUCGAAAGAAGCCUUCCAUACCACGAUGCGAUAGAAGAUUUGCUCAUGUCCAUAGCUCAUAUUCAUUGGGGUCGGAGGCGGAUCUAUCCUGGCCAGCAACACCAACCUUUUCCCCUUACGAUAUAUUCAAACAAGCCAGAACCGAACCUUAUUCCAAGCGACGAUAUUAUGACCUUGUCAAAAUCUACCACCCGGAUUUGCAGAAUAAAGAUCAUCCGCUAUGCAGAAAUGUGCCUGAAGCCAUCAGAUUACAUCGUUACAGACUUAUAGUUGCGGCGCAUGAGAUCCUUUCCGACCCAACCAAGCGGGAUGCCUAUGAUCGGUAUGGACAUGGGUGGGACCAUCGUACUGAGCUAUUCGGCGAAAAAAAGACCAAAAACGUGGAUACACAAUAUGAAAGAGGUACGGGCGGCGACGACUCCAUAUACCGAAACGCUACUUGGGAAGACUGGGAACGGUGGCAUCGAAGACAUGACCCAAACCAAAGCCAAGCUUCGACUGUUUCGCAUGGCACAUUUGCGUCAUUCCUCAUUCUAUUGAUGAUAUUUGGAGGUUUGGGUCAGGCAGUAUCGAUCGGUAAUUAUUCGAGCUUUGUCGAGGAACGGGCGAGAGACGCCGAUGAGAAAUGCGCCAAGUUACUGCACGGCAGGAGGCAGCAGACGAUUGCUCAGAUGAAUUCGUUGGAUAGUAGGCUUCAGAGCUUCCUCAUAAGGCGGGAUCCUUAUGGUUUCGGAUUAAAGGAGGAAGAGGAGGAUACAUAUCGAGCCAUUCUAAGCCCUCACAACAAGCCUCACGCGCUUGAUGCUAUAGACUCACCGUCACCACCGUCGGAGAAACCUCUAGAAGUAAAAGAGGUUGGCGGUUAACGGGGCCUCGUCAUUUCAUUUGCGGCCCCUUCUAUUUUCAUACCUUUUGUUUUUUACAUUUUUGCUUCACAUUCCCUGGCUUUUAUGUUAUUGCAUUGGAGGCGUUCGAAAGCAGAUCGAAUCUCUUCUCUGGAUCAUAACCAAGUUUGUAGUUCAGCUACAUCAAUGGAAUUGAAUUUUUUUUUUUUUCUUCUUUCAUGAAAUGAACCAUAUUCCCUUUUGGUUUAUCUUUACCUUUUCCUUUCCACUUGCUACACUCCAUGAUUGGUUCAGUUGAACCUCCAUGGAAAGCCCCAGUACUCCAUGAGAUACCAAACAGUUCCAUUUCUAAUGGGUCCUGAACGCUAUUCACUAAGAUCAACGCAAAAUCUCACAAAAUACCCUGAUUCAAUCCUCCCGGCAAUAUUCUGCAGCAUCAACAACAGGCAAAGAUACGAUACAACCAUAGAAAUCCGAAUAGAACAUACUGUUGCCCGUAGGGUUUGCGAAUGACAACAUAUGACAAUGACAAUGACAAUGACUUGAACAACAAAAGCAGGAACUCUGAUCACCGAGAACAUGUAUAUAUCAUCCCAACCCUUCCCACAGAUCCCACUUCGGACCGUUCGAUUCUCCUGCUCACACAAGACGUUGACGGAACUCCAAUCAACACCCAACUGACGGGCCAAUCAUCCAGCAAAACUUACAGCACGACCCUAUUAUUCUUUUGCAGCAAGAGUUAGUAUGGAAUCCAACUUUUCAAAGCGAACAUAUGAAGGUUACAUACACAAUUUAUGGCGCUACCACUCCGCCCCAUAUAUAUAACCGUCCGACUACUCAUUAACACCGACAAUAGCCUCUCAAGCCAUUGCCAGUGGUUAGGCAGCACCUUGGCCUGGCACAGAUGGCGGACACUUCCCACAAUCCGUGAAUGUUGCAAACGAAUAACUCAUCCGCCGUCCCCUUGCGGUUGAGGCUACAUAUGUACCGACCAGGUGUGCAAUAGGUUCCCAGGGCUUCCAGGAAGAAGAGAGCCGUAGCAAGGAUUGACAGCUGCAUUUUAUAUAUAUAUAGGUAUAUUUCUUAUUAUUGAUUUUGGCUUUUUAGCUGCUCCUGCUUGGUAUGUUUCGAGAAAGGGACGGAUAUGCGGGAUGUAGAAUGUGGGAUUUAUGAUUCUGGGAGGAAGAUAGGUAGGUAGAAAAGGUUGAUGAGGUGGGUAGUAUUCUACUUCGCUGGAGGAGGAGAAAAGGUGAAGCUUUUAUAUAUCCCUCUGCCUAUAGCUCUACAUUCCGAAUGACAAUGGCACACCUUUGGGGCGUAUCAUUUCUAAUAGACCAGGACAGGACGUCAUACCAUACCUCUCCUGUCCGCUCCUCCCCUGGUAGAGGUUCUCACGAAAGUCUUCCCAAUGAUCUAUACCAUUUUCGUCGAACAAAGAAAGAAAAUGAUGUCAAAAGCCGCCUAUAUAGGUGGCCGCAUAGUUACUGCGACAAGAGCUACCCUAGCUGUUUAAUUUGUUUCUUGCUUGGUGUCUGCAGAAAAAUUUCGGCAAAAUGACCAGGCGAUCUCAUCUGUUCAUAAAAAAUUAUCAACAGAGAGAGUCUAAGAUUGUUAGGAUACUAAGUUAGAAAAACAUCGUGCCACAGAAAGGAUGAAAACCAAUCACUUCCUGCAUCAAAUAGCAUUGUGGCAGAGAAGGCAUUUCUCUACUCCAUGCUCUCGAGAGAGCCAAAGGCCAGGGAUUCUGAACCUCAUGCUGGGUGUUACGCGCAUGCAUUCCCUUCUUCAAAAAUGUAGAUUUUGGUGUCCUUGAUGCAAAAUUUCUUUCAUGCGUGUAUCGAUGGGCCGUCUCCCAGCACAUUCUGAAGUGGUCUCAAUAAUUUCAUAGAACACGACCAAUGCAUGUACAUACUUGGAAGCAUUGAUACAUUGGAAGCUAGAUUUUUGGUAAGAGGAUGGAUGGGCC